AUGAUCUCAACCCGGAUUGGCCGCCUGGGUGCGCUGCUUUUGGGUGUGCGGAGUCUGGCGACUGUCAGCGAUUCUCCUCUUGACAAAAGGGUCGAGAUGUGCAAUCAUGAGAAGGGUAACUACAUAAACUACAAAAAAAUGGCAGAGAACCUCGACAUUGUUCGAAGCCGCUUGAACCGCCCUUUAACAUAUGCUGAAAAGAUUAUGUACUCCCACCUUGACGAUCCUCAUGGACAAGACAUUCAGCGGGGAAAAUCUUACCUCAAGCUGCGGCCGGACCGUGUGGCCUGUCAAGAUGCAACUGCGCAGAUGGCCAUCUUGCAGUUCAUGUCCGCUGGCAUGCCUUCUGUUGCUACUCCAACCACCGUUCACUGCGACCACUUAAUUGAAGCUCAACUUGGAGGAGAGAAAGAUCUUGCUAGAGCUAACGAGAUCAACAAGGAGGUCUACGAUUUCCUUGCUUCAUCCUGCGCGAAGUACAACAUUGGAUUCUGGAAACCGGGAUCCGGCAUUAUCCAUCAAAUCCUCCUGGAAAACUAUGCUUUCCCUGGAGGCCUGAUGAUCGGAACCGACUCGCAUACUCCCAACGGUGGUGGUCUUGGUAUGGCUGCCAUCGGUGUUGGGGGUGCUGACGCUGUCGAUGUGAUGGCUGGUCUUCCCUGGGAACUGAAGGCUCCCAAUGUCAUCGAUAUCAUCUUGAAAGUUGCUGGUAUUCUCACUGUCAAAGGCGGUACUGGGGCUAUUAUCGAGUACCACGGACCAGGUGUUGAGUCCCUGUCUUGCACGGGUAUGGGCACCAUCUGUAACAUGGGUGCUGAAAUUGGUGCUACUACUUCUGUGUUCCCCUUCAACGACCGUAUGUACGACUAUCUAAAGGCCACCAGACGUCAACAUAUUGGUGACUUCGCGAGAUCCUAUGCCCACGGGCUCCGUGAAGAUGAAGGCGCUGAGUACGACCAACUAAUUGAGAUCAACUUGUCUGAACUCGAGCCUCACAUUAACGGUCCUUUCACUCCUGACUUGGCAACCCCCAUUUCCAAAUUUAAGGAUGCUGUCAAGGAGCACGGCUGGCCCGAAGAGCUCAAAGUCGGUCUGAUCGGUUCCUGCACUAACUCCUCUUAUGAGGAUAUGUCUCGUGCUGCUUCCAUCGCUCAGGAUGCCUUGGACCAUGGUGUCAAGGCCAAAUCUCUUUUCACCGUCACUCCCGGCUCGGAACAGAUCCGUGCAACCAUCGAACGUGAUGGGCAGUUGCAGACCCUCGAAGAAUUCGGCGGUGUUAUCCUUGCCAACGCCUGCGGCCCUUGCAUUGGGCAGUGGGACCGUAGGGAUGUCAAGAAGGGCGAGGCCAACUCUAUUAUCUCGUCCUACAAUCGCAACUUCACUGGCCGCAACGAUGCCAACCCUGCCACUCAUGCUUUCGUCACAUCUCCCGACCUCGUUGUGGCCAUGACUAUUGCCGGAACUCUUAACUUCAACCCCUUGACCGAUACUCUCAAGGGUAAAGACGGGAAGGAGUUCAAGCUUAAGGCACCAACUGGUGUCGGCCUCCCGUCCCGCGGAUAUGAUCCCGGUCGCGACACAUACCAGGCGCCACCAAAGGAGCGAUCUUCCAUUUCCGUCGCUGUUUCACCAACAAGUGAUCGUCUCCAGAUCCUGGAAGCAUUCAAACCAUGGGAUGGAAAGGACGCGCUUGGAGUUCCUAUUCUGAUCAAAGCGCAAGGCAAAACCACCACUGACCACAUCUCCAUGGCCGGCCCCUGGUUGAAAUAUCGUGGCCAUCUUGACAAUAUCUCCAACAACAUGUUGAUUGGCGCCAUUAACGCUGAGAACGGAGAAGCCAACAAGGUCAAGAACUUCAAGACCGGUGAAUAUGGCCCUGUCCCCGCCACUGCCCGUGACUACAAAGCUAGAGGAAUCCCAUGGGUUGUCAUCGGUGACUGGAACUACGGCGAGGGAAGCUCCCGAGAACACGCUGCCCUAGAGCCCAGACACCUUGGAGGUCUCGCUAUCAUCACUCGAAGCUUCGCCCGUAUUCACGAAACCAAUUUAAAGAAACAGGGUAUGCUUCCUCUCACCUUCACCGACCCAGCCGACUAUGACAAGAUCCAGCCCAAUGACAUCGUCGACCUGAUGUGCACCGAGCUUGCUGUUGGAAAACCCAUGACUCUUCGUGUCCAUCCCAAGGAUGGCAAGUCGUUCGACAUCUCUCUCUCCCACACCUUCAACGAGUCUCAGAUCCAAUGGUUCAAGGACGGAAGCGCCCUGAACACCAUGGCCAAGCAGCGUGCUUAG